CUCUUUUUUUUCCCGGCAGAUCUUUGUUGUGUGGGAGGGCAGCAGGGAUGGACUUGAGCUUGCGGAUCUCCUGCUAGAGCAGCCGCGCUUGGCGAGGGCGCCGCAGCCGCGAGGAGGAGCCGCCGCCGCCCCGAGGCCCCGCCGGACCCGGCCGCGGUCCGCCCGCGCCCCCGCUCGGCCCACUCGCCCCGCGCCUCCCGGCUGAGUCCCCUCGCGGCGGCAGAUGUGUGUGGGGUCAGCCCACGGAGGGGACUAUGGUGAAAUUCCCGGCGCUCACGCACUACUGGCCCCUGAUCCGGUUCCUGGUGCCCCUGGGCAUCACCAACAUAGCCAUCGACUUCGGGGAGCAGGCCUUGAACCGGGGUAUUGCUGCUGUCAAGGAGGAUGCAGUGGAAAUGCUAGCCAGCUACGGGCUGGCGUACUCCCUAAUGAAGUUCUUCACGGGUCCCAUGAGUGACUUUAAAAAUGUGGGCCUGGUGUUUGUGAACAGCAAGCGAGACAGGACCAAAGCUGUCCUGUGCAUGGUGGUGGCCGGCGCCAUUGCUGCUAUCUUCCACACCCUGAUAGCUUAUAGUGACUUAGGCUACUACAUUAUCAAUAAACUGCACCAUGUGGAUGAGUCUGUGGGGAACAAAACGAGAAGGGCCUUCCUAUAUCUUGCUGCCUUCCCUUUUAUGGAUGCAAUGGCAUGGACCCAUGCUGGCAUUCUCCUAAAACACAAAUACAGUUUCCUGGUGGGAUGUGCAUCCAUCUCCGAUGUCAUAGCUCAGGUCGUGUUUGUCGCCAUCCUACUGCACAGUCACCUGGAAUGCAGAGAGCCCCUGCUCAUCCCCAUUCUGUCCCUGUACAUGGGCGCCCUCGUGCGCUGCACCACCCUGUGCCUGGGCUACUACAAGAACAUCCACGACAUCAUCCCCGACAGGAGCGGACCGGAGCUGGGGGGAGAUGCAACUAUAAGAAAGAUGCUGAGCUUCUGGUGGCCUUUGGCCCUCAUCUUGGCUACACAGAGAAUCAGUAGGCCUAUUGUCAACCUCUUUGUUUCCCGGGACCUUGGUGGCAGUUCUGCAGCUACUGAGGCGGUGGCAAUCUUGACAGCCACGUACCCUGUGGGUCACAUGCCAUAUGGCUGGCUGACAGAAAUCCGUGCUGUCUACCCGGCUUUUGACAAGAAUAACCCCAGCAAUAAACUGGUGAGCACAAGCAACACGGUGACCGCAGCUCACAUCAAGAAGUUCACGUUUGUCUGCAUGGCCUUAUCGCUCACGCUCUGUUUCGUGAUGUUCUGGACGCCCAACGUUUCCGAGAAAAUUCUGAUAGACAUCAUUGGAGUGGACUUCGCCUUUGCAGAACUCUGCGUUGUUCCCCUGCGCAUCUUCUCCUUCUUCCCAGUUCCAGUCACUGUGAGGGCCCAUCUCACCGGGUGGCUGAUGACGCUGAAGAAGACCUUUGUCCUGGCCCCCAGCUCCGUGCUGCGGAUCAUCGUCCUCAUCACCAGCCUCGUGGUCCUGCCCUACCUGGGGGUACAUGGAGCCACCCUGGGCGUGGGCUCCCUCCUGGCAGGGUUUGUGGGAGAGUCCACCAUGGUCGCCAUAGCCGCGUGCUACGUCUAUCGGAAACAGAAAAAGAAGAUGGAGACCGAGACCGCAGCCGAGGGGGAGGACUCGGCCAUGACGGACAUUCCACCGGCGGAGGAGGGGACAGACGUGGUGGAAAUGCGAGAGGAGAAUGACUAAGGCGCCGGACGCGGGGACAGCAGGGCGGCCAGGUGGCAGUGCAGCGACAUCUCCUCUCCCUC